AUGGAGGCCCCGGAGGGGUCAAAGGCCCGAGGGGGGCCGGAGGCCCCCGAGGGUACCCAGGCGCCGGGGGGCGGACAGGCCGUCCCCCACAUCAUCGUGGAUGACGAGGACAGCGCCCCUCGUGAGGGUUCAGCUCCCGUGGGUCCUCAAGAGGGGGAGAAGGCGUCUGGAGCCGAAUCCGAGGUGCCCCCUCAACCGGUGGCGCCAGAGGGUCUGGGUGAGUACUCCCCAGCGUCCGGGGCGGGAACCGGUGCCUCGGUGGAGGCAUCGCAGGUUGAGGCCACCGUGGUGUCCCCCGCGCCAUCGGCAGGCGAGGCGGAGGUCCGACCAAAGGCCCCUGGAGCUGCGGGGAACCCCCAAGGAGCUCCGAGCUCCCAGAAGAAGUCUGCUCCCCGAGCGAGCCGCAAGCAAAAAGCGCCUUCGGUGGCGCUGGCCCCCCUGAAGCCUGUGAAGAAGGGGGCUCAGUCGACUCCCGGGUCGGCUAGGCCCAUGUCGCCGCCACCCCCGAGCUACGAGGCGCUCAAGGCAACGUCCCUGGAGAAGUCAGUUUUUCUUCGCCGGGAAAGGGAUGCCUGGGCGUCUUACGAGAACGAGAGGGCUGCCAGGGAGGCGGCUGAGGGGGAGCUUACGAGGGAGUGCGAGAUCUCCGCCGAGCUUCGGCAGAAGUGCUCGGCCCUGGCAUCAGAGGCUCGGAAGGCCCGGGAAAAGGUUGCCCCCCUAGAGAAGAGGGUCGGGGACCUUACCCAGGAAUCCGAGGAGCAGAAGGCGGCGGCCGAGGGGUAUAAGGGUGAGGGCUACGUUCUCCCUGAUGACGAAACGGAGGCCCAGGAGGAGGUGCAGAGGCUUGAAGACGCCGCGUCUGUCCCUGGAGAUGCCUUGGCCGCCUUCUUCGACGAUGAGGUGGAGCUUCCCCCCCUCGGGGUUCAAGGACCUGGGCAGACAGGGCAGCAGGACCCUUAG